AUGCUCUACUGUGGAAAGAAACCAAAUCAUUUUAAGAUUGCAACCUGUAUAAAUGAAAACUGCUACUUAAGAUUUAAACUACUUUGCAUGAACUGUGAUUUUCAUUCUAUAUCAAAAUCUCACGACUCCUCUUGCUAAUUUGUUGAAGUAGCUUCUAAACAGAGUUUUUUCAGUGAAAUUAACUUCUUUAAUAGUGUUAACUUGCUAUCAAAAAGUAUAAGGAAAAAUAAAAUAGUUAAAUUCGAUAUAGAAAAUGAAGAUACAAGCUUGAUCCCUGCCGAGCAUGUUGCAUAAGUAAUAGAAAUAAAUGAUUGUAUUACUAUGUAUAAUAGAUAUUUAGAUCAUCUUUUACAGAACCUAUUUACCUUCAUCAGAUCUCAAAGAGAAAUGUAAAUAAGAAGUAAAUCUUAUAAUAUCUUUGAAAUUAAUAAAGAGACUGCUCUCAUGAGGUUGCAAGCUAGAAAUUACAACACAAUAAUUAAAAAUCUGAAUGAAAUUGUUUAUAACAAGCAUCAUAAUCUAAAUGAAAAUAUCAAACAAAUUAACAUUAAAGUCCAGUUUAAUAUUUUGUAAGGCUUUUGUAAUGAUAUCCUUUCAAUAAUAAAUCACUUUUUACUUCAAAUUUAAGGAGCAAACACUUGGUUUUCUGAAGAAAAAGCAAAACUUUUAAAGAAGUUCCAUGUAGAAAACAAUAAUACAUACGAUAAUAAUAUUUCACCAGAACUUAUUAAAUUUUGUUUUGAUGGAUUCUUGAUGGGACAAGUUAUAAAACAAGAAAACAAUAUGCAUCUUAAAAUCUAUUCUUAGAUAAACUAGAAAAAGUUUAGCCAUUAUAAGCUAAACUUUGACAUAGUUUGCAAUUAAAAUAUUAAAGAUUUUGACUUCUCAAGUUGCGAAAGAUAUUUUGCUAUUUUGAAAGAUGAUGCUUUUAAUCUCUUUUAGUUGUGCUUAUGCGACUAAUAAAAUAACCAAUACACCAAAAAAAUUUAACUCUAAAAAAUACCAUUAAAAUUUUCUAUAAAUGAGAAAUUCGAAUAAGUUUAGUUUUAUUUUAGAAGAAUACUGGUCGCAGUAUAAAAUUUGAAUAAGCUCAUACUUUUAAACUACAACACUCUCUAAGUAGUGUAUGAAAUCAACUCAAAUUUUUAGUUCUACUUUAAAAAAGAGAUGAGUAUGCUUUCAGAGUUUUUAUUAAUUAAAUCUGACAAGUCACUAGACAUAUUUGAAUCCAAUGGUUCUCUGACUGAAGUUAAAGUUUAACCCAAAAUGAAUGUUAAAGAAUACUACAUAUCUUAAAACUAUAAGUACCUUCUUUUAGUUUCAUAAAAAGAUGAUUAGUAGAACUAAACAAUAUCUCUCUAUAUGGCAUCAAAGAAUCUAGUUUUCGAAAAGGAACUAAUGAAUACUCAGGUAAAAAAACUACUAAAAGCAGAAUUUUCCAAAGACUCUAAUUACGUUUAUCUUCUCUACGAUUCCCACUUUGAAGUUAUAGAUACUUACAUUUUAUAAAUGUAGAAUGAAAAAAACAUAUUCUUAAUUAAUAAAAGUGAAAAGAAUCCUUAUAUUAAUUUUUUUUAGACAAUUGACGGAUAAAAGCUUUAUUUAAUUAAGCAUAAUGGACAAGUUGUUGUGAUAAAAAGAGUUAGUAUUUACUGA